ACUUCACACCUUGUUGUAUUUUAAUAUCUCUAUAUAUAACUUCCAAUGUUGGAAAACCAACUCUGGCAAUACCUAAUUUAUAACCAUUAAGGUUAUAUUUAUAUUCUCUUCAUCAUAGCUUAUUCAUGCACCUUUAAACCCUUUCUUUACACCACUAAUAUAUAUUAACUCUCUUUCAUUCAUUCAUUCAUCUCAAACUUCACACCUUCUUCUCUUUUUAUUCUCUCUCCAAAAAUUAAAUAUGCAACUCUUACAAGAACAACAACUCAUGCUGGUUUCUAAGGAUCUUACACAACAACAAAUUAUAAAAGGAAAGAGAACAAAGCGUCAAAGGUUGCCUUCUCCACUUCGGUUAGCCAUGUCUUGCAAUGAAGGAACGAGCAAUUACGAUCACGAUCACAAUCACAACGAGAGAAAUUCAAAAGGAAUUGACUUCACGAUAAUAAAAUCGCGUCACCGAUCAGAAGAAGAGAAAGAAGAAGAAGAUAUGGCGAAUUGUCUUAUUCUAUUAGCUCAAGGUCGUCAUCAUCAUCGUCGGGAUCAUAAUCCUGACGACGACAACAAAAGAUCUUCGAAUUUUUAUCUUUACCAAUGCAAGACAUGCAAUAGGUGUUUCCCUUCAUUCCAAGCACUUGGUGGACAUAGAGCAAGUCAUAGCAAACCUAACAAACCAAAUUGCAACAACAAUGUUACAAGAACUUUUGUUGAUGAUCAUUAUGAUCCAACCAUGAAUACUAUACUCUCUUUGCAAGCCUAUACGGCCGCGACCCCGAUUACUACUAUUACUACUACUACUAAUGCUGCAACGAAAAAGUCGAAAAUUCACGAGUGUUCGAUAUGUGGCGCUGAAUUCUCGUCGGGGCAAGCAUUGGGAGGACAUAUGCGACGACAUAGAACACUCGUGAAUACGUCAACAACAACGACGACAGCGGCAACAACUUCUUUGAGUAUGAGUAUUGGUAGCCCUAAAUCUCAUGAAGCUAAGAAGCCAAGAAAUGUUUUGAAGUUGGAUUUGAAUCUUCCAGCUCCAGAAGUUGAACAAAGAGAUCAAUCCAAGUUUUCUUUUCAGCCUAGAGAAAAUGUUAUUGCUUUCUCUAGUAAUUCUUCUUUGGUGGAUUGCCAUUUCUAAAUCUCAAGUUUGUGUAUUCAGUAUUAAUUCAUUGACCUUAUUUUUUUAUUUUAUUUUUUUUACUUUUACUUUUUCAAUUAAACUUGUAUAUGUUGAUAAUUCUUUCCAUUCAUUCUACAUUGAAAUUGAAAAUUGAAUUUUUUCA